AUGAUAACCCACGACUUCUGGACUUUGUGGAACAUGCCCAAUUGUCUUGGGUCAAUCGACGGCAAACAUUUUGCCCUAAGAUGUCCACCCAAUAGUGGAAGUCUGUUCUUCAAUUAUAAGAAGUUCUUCAGCAUUGUUCUUAUGGCCGUUUGCGAUGCGAAAUAUUGCUUCACCCACAUUGACAUUGGAGCGUAUGGAAGCCAAAGCGACGGUGAAAUCCUUCAGGUCAGUUGUUUUGGAAAGAAACUUUUGGGAAAUAAACUUCCAACUCCUCAGCCAACAAACUUGCCGGACUCACCAGUUCAAAUCCCGCAUUACUUUGUGGGCGAUGCUGCUUUCCCGUUGGCCACAAAUCUUAUGCGACCAUAUCCCGUAACCCUUCUUCAACCAAAAGAAGAAAAUUUUAACAAAAGGCUUUCUCGCGCUCGUCGCACAAUUGAAAAUUCCUUUGGAAUAUUAGUGGCCCGUUGGCGAAUUUUGUUAACGACGUUACAUAUGCUUCCAGAAAACGCAGAGAAAAUUAUUUUAGCAUGUAUUGCUCUUCAUAAUUUUAUAAUGCUAAACAAAGAAAAUGAGGGUUAUUGUCCCACCAAUUAUGUAGAUUGUGAGGAUUCUGAUGGUCAACGGCAUGACGGAUUAUGGCGGACGGAAGUAAACACCAAUAUUCCAUCAAUAGCACCAUCGCCAAACAUUCAUCAAUAUGGUGGCAAAACAUCAACCACGAUAAGAAACAAUCUUCGUGAUUUUUUGUUUCAAAACUGA